ACCAUCAUCGACUCAUCAGAAGCUAUUCUAGCAACCAACACGACCACUAAUCCUCAAACAACAACCUACCAACUGCUGAGCGGAGUGUUCGCAUGCAUUUGUUGUCUGUCGAGGCUAGGCCUACAAAAAACAUUCGGGAUAAGGUUGAUCCAAGAUUCAUAGACACACCUUAUCAAAACCAUGCUGUCAUUUUUAAGUGGUCAGAGCGUGGCAGAGGAGCAGCUCAUCUUCUGGAUGGCGGUAGUUCUGGCAUUUCUGGCCAUCUUUGUUGUCUUUUUACUCCAGUUCAUGAAGGCAACAUAUGGUCGCUAUAGUGAUCCUGCACAUGGAAAGACUAUUAAUGUAAAAGUUGCCUGGGUUUUGCAAGAAUCUCCAGCACUCCUGAUUCCGUUGACGCUUCUGCUGUUCACAGACAGUGUCCAGACAAAAACUACAGUUAACAUUAUCCUGUGUGGCCUCUUUAUUAUUCAUUAUGUGCAAAGAACGCUAAUCUUCCCGUGUUUGAUCCGUGGAGGAAAGGACACACCAAUGUUACCAUUUGUUUUGGCCAUGUUCUUUUGCAUCUUUAAUGGAUAUAUGCAGGGACGUUACCUGACAAAAUAUGCUGAGUACCCCAGCAAUUGGAUAUCCGAUUCUAGGUUUUUAUUUGGUGUUUGUCUGUUCUUUGUUGGAAUGUUCAUUAAUUUACACUCGGACUAUAUCCUUAGGAAUUUGCGGAAACCUGGCGAGACUGGCUACAAAAUACCAAAAGGUGGUAUGUUUAAUUAUAUAUCGGGUGCAAACUUUUUUGGAGAGAUCGUGGAAUGGUUGGGGUUUGCAAUGGCUGUGUGGUCAUUUACUGCAUUUUCUUUCUUUCUCUUUACUUUGUGCAACAUUGGACCAAGGGCAUGCCACCACCAUCGAUACUAUCGUGAAAAGUUUGAUGAUUAUCCUAAGUCAAGAAAAGCUGUAAUUCCAUUUAUUCUGUAAAGCAAUAUUGAAUACAACAUGGCUAUAAGAAACCUGUCGUGGAAUGAUGUGAACAUGUAGCUACUAAGUGCCUCUCUAGGACUGCUACAAGUCACGGAACACACCCAUAAGCAAUAAAGCACAAUAACGUUGCGAGUUAUACGUUAUUCUAUUUUUAUCAUAGAGUUAUAAUAAGAAUGCUAGAGCGCUAACUGCAAUGUAUUCGAUGUUCAGAAUACGCAGAGCCGUGUUUGUGUACCAUCCAAGAUGGCUGCCGUAGAUUUACCUAAUCCAAAUUCGUCUAAGCACCAUCAUUUUCAAUGGCGCCCUCAGUUUACACGGAAAGUCGCGUACAGUUAAGUGACCUGUAUGUUGAAACUCGAGUGUUGCAGUGUAUGGGUUUAAGGUGCACAAUUUCAAUUUCCAUUCCUCGGUACUUUAUUUUUAAAUUAGAUGCUCUACUUGGCCUCUUUUAGGCUACGAUAGUUUAAUAAUUUAUUUAUAUUAUUAGUAAUAAUGAUUAAUGUAGUAAUAGUUUAGUCAGAGGGCUUAUUUAUGGUUAUAAUAUGUAUACUGAGCCUGAAGGUGGCUCUUUCCUAUGGCGACAAUCUUGGAUGGUACACGUACACAACUCAGCAUUGCUUCAUCGUCUAAGCAGCACUCUAGUUGUUUAAUAUCGCUAUGAUUUUUCUCCAUCAGAACUUACCUGUUUGAAGUUCAUGAAGUAAUUAUAGUGGUCUCGCUAUGCUCCCCCCCCCCACCACUUGUAAUGCAAUGCACUGUCAUGUGUUGAUGUGCAUCGUGUCAUUGCAAAUCUAAACAAAACCAUAAUCGUACUCUUUUUCAGGUCAUGUCAUAUCAUGUGCAUAUGAUCCUAUAUUACUCGUCUCACAACUAAAACGAACAAAGUACAACUAGCAAAUUCUGAUGUCCUGAAUUUCAGAUUUUAUAUAAUAUUUCUGCAUGUAAUAUUAAGGAGGAAUAUGAUAUUUGAAGAUGUAAAAACGUUGAAAAAGUAAGGAAAAUAUAUUUAUGUUGAUUUUUAAUUGUUACUAGAAUUACAGUAAAACUUGCUUAAGUCGACUUUGCAUAACAAGUUCCAUUAAUAAACGAUCUGUGGAAGAAUUUUUCAAUGCCAUUUUGGAUUCGACUUAGGCAAGUUCAACAGUAUUAGGUUAAUACGCAUUAAUUUAUAGAGAUUAUCAGUUUUAUUUAAGUUUCAAUCACCAACGAAUAAUGUACAGUACUUGCAAUGCGGGUAGUGCAUCUUUGGUGAUGAAAGUGGUCCCGAGUAUAGAAAACUACUGCUUUUGUGAUGCAAAUAUAUUUAAUGCAACUUUUGGGCUUUUUUAAUCAAAUUCUGUUAAUGUUACAUUAUGCUCCUCUCUAAGUUACGUGCUGCACUUUAAUAAGCACCGCUUGAGAGGUGAAUUUUUCGCUAAGCACAACCCUUGAAUAAAUGCCUUCAAAAAUCUUAUUAGCGCCACGGCACUUAUUAGAACAUUUAUAGUAAACAUGUAUUCAUGUCAACCUUUAUUCAUUUAUACAUAUGUAUUUUAGAAUACUUGAUGCAGUUAAUUUUGAUGAUUUUAAAGAAAAUUACAAUACUUUUAUUAUAUACUGUAUAUUGCUGUGUUUGUGCAAUUCUAAUUUUAUCAGAUAUUGGCACUUGAUGGCACUUGUAGCAUUAAAUAAAAUUGAAUUGAUAAUGCUUACCGGUAUGUAAGUUUUAUUAGCUUACUAAAGUUAUGGUGUUUAUUCUCGGAAUCACACAUCAUUACAGUAUUAUUUAUAUUCUGAAAUGUUCCCAAUUGCUUAUAAUUAAUUGAAAGGGAAAAGUUUUUGCGAAUACUGAGUACUAUAUAAAGAUACAAGAAUCCAGUGUCCAUUAUAAAAAUUAUAAUAGGCCCUAUUUAUUAAGCCUAUACCAAAUGUCUUUCAUAUUGACUUGUAUAUGAAGUUGUAAAAGCAACUAUUUUUGAAGUAUUAAAGUAUUCUCAAAUCUGAUGAAA